ACACACACACACUCGCUACACCAAACCUUUGGAACUCGCAAAAUCCACACGACCGAACCCUUCAACCUCACCUGUCGACAAACUCCGCGCUACCGUCUUGACCGCGCAACCCCCGUCAAGAUGAAGCUCAACAUUUCCUACCCGGCCAAUGGGUCGCAGAAGAUCGUCGAGGUCGACGAUGAGCGCAAGCUGCGCCCCUUCAUGGAGAAGCGCAUGGGCACCGAAGUUGUCGGUGACUCCCUCGGCGAUGAGUUCAAGGGUUACCUGUUCAAGAUCACCGGUGGUAACGACAAGCAAGGUUUCCCCAUGAAGCAGGGUGUUCUCCUCCCCACCCGUACCCGUCUGCUCCUCGCCGACGGCCACAGCUGCUACCGCCCCCGCCGCACUGGUGAGCGCAAGCGCAAGUCCGUCCGUGGUGCCAUCACCGGUCUGGACCUCUCCGUCCUUGCCCUCUCCAUCCUCAAGCAGGGUGAGCAGGAGCUCCCCGGCCUGACCGACACCGUCGUCCCCAAGCGCCUGGGUCCCAAGCGUGCCACCAAGAUCCGCAGCUUCUUCGGUCUUGACAAGAAGGACGACGUCCGCAAGUUCGUCAUCCGCCGCACCGUCACCAAGGAGGGCAAGCAGGACUACACCAAGGCCCCCAAGAUCCAGCGUCUGGUUACUCCCCAGCGUCUGCAGCGCAAGCGUCACCGCAUUGCCAUCAAGCGCCGUGCCGCUGAGGCCGGCCGCGAGGCUGCCAACGACUACGCCAAGCUCCUGGCCAACCGUGUCCACGAGGAGAAGGCCAAGCGUGACGAGCUCCGCAAGCGGAGGGCUUCGUCUAUGCGGAAGUAAAUCUACACUACGGUGUAGUAAUUCAUUUCCGUGGGGAUGUUUAAUCGAGGGGAGCUUCACGUUACUGGGAUGAUUGAGGGAUUCACAAAAAAAAAGAAGAUCACUCCCAGCAACGCGGAUAUGUCUGAUACGAAAAAGGGCUUAAAAAAGUAUGGGGGAUCAGGUUUUAGCGUAUAAGGCGAAUGGUUUGAUCACCCUACCCCGAGAUGCUACUGUGAUUCGGGCCUCGGGGCGAUGCAUCUGUGCUGAACCUAUCUUUUGACUACCCUUUUUUGAAUGGAGUGCAUGCCAAUUUCAA